CUCACAAAAACUGCUCUGCGCCCCACGCAGACACUCACUUGCAGGUGUGUUCACUGAGCUGGAGUUUGCGGUCCCGAGCGGGGCCUGCACCAACAGAGCACGGAGCAGACGGUCGGCAAAAAGACUGUCGCUGGCCAUGAGAACUCCGAUGGGCUUCUCCCCGUUGCUGCUGGGACUCUGCGCCACGGCACAGCUGGGGGCAGUCGCCAGCGACUCUUGGUGGUCGCUGGCAUUGUGGACACCCCGGGUCGACCCCUCCACGCAUCCGCUGCUGUUGUGCAGCACGUCGCCGGGGCUGUCCCCCACACAGCGCCAAAUAUGCCAGAAGCAGCCGCACUUCAUGAAGCUCGUGGCCGAGGGUGUCCAGCUGGCGAUUGCCGAGUAUCGGCACCAGUUCCAGGCCAAGCGGUCGAACUGGACCACGGAGAAUGGGCUCGUCCCUAUUCCUCGGUCGGGCUCUCGCGAGACCGCCUUCUUCUCCGCCCUCGCCGCCGCGGGAGUGGUGCACGCGGUGGCGCGCGCCUGCUACACCCCGCAGGUGAUCCGCGACAGCUGCACCUGGACCUAUGACCCCUUGCUGCACCCCAGAGGUAACAUCGAAUACGGAGCCCAUUUCGCCAAGGUGUUUGUGGACGCGAGUGUCCACGACCGCUGGAGGCGAGGGGGACAACGCAAGUCUUUGGCGAAACUCGUGCAGAUGGAUUUGCACAACUACGAAGUUGGUCGCGUGGUGAUGGAAGAACUGUUGUACUACUGCGGUUGCGACAACAGAACCGGUGAAUGCGACAGAGUCUGCCUGCCGCUGCGCGAAGACUUUCGCGACGUUGGCGACUUUCUGAACGUGAGCUCACGGCUGCCGGGAAAGUACGACAGAAGUUCCGCCAUGCGGCUGGUGAGGGACAACAGGAGCGGUGGAAGUGGCGGCGCCGCCCGCUGGCGUCUGGAGCCGGUGAACGAGUGGUUGACGGCGCCCUCGGAGUAUGACCUGGUCCACGUGAGCGCCAGCCCGGAGUACUGCGUCCGUGGCAGCACCAGCGGAGCGGUGGGGAGGCAGCGCUGCAACGACACCGAGGCAGCCGAGGAAUGCACCGUCACAUGCUGCGACAGAGGAUACGACAUCUCCCAAGUCACGGUGGAGAUGCAGUGCGGGUGCAAGGAACAGCUCAAGGAGAACGUCAAGUGCAAGCUUUGCCCGUGGACCGUCGAUCAAUUCGCUUGCAAGUAGCCUCCAGCCCCAGUGGAGGGGGGGCCUCGACUGAGAUCGCGACCCCCACAAAGCUGUUUAGGGCAUCGACAUCCAGCGUGUACCCCUCACUACGAGCUGCGUUCUACUAUACACACUGCACUAUGCACUACCCUACUACACACUCUGCAUGCGCUUCAUCUUCACGAUGUGGAAGCGCCGUUGUUUUGUGACGUCGCCACUUGAAUGCGCUUAGCGACCAAGUGCCGUUGUUCCAUUUAUUCCUUUGUUCUCGUUAACGCCGCGUUUGCCAAAUCUAGGCAACGUUCACUCGGCGCUUGUUAGGAUUCACAGCGAGGUCCGUCGCACCCUUCCCUGCGAGCCG